AUGCAGCAGGCCGCUCUGAAAGUCUCCCAGGGACGCCUGCUGUUCCUCUCAUGGAAUGCUGGAGGCUUGUCCCAGGCCCUGUGGCAGGAAUUCUUGCUGACACUUGAAAACAUGCCACCUGACGAACGACCCCAAAUCGUGUGUGUCCAAGAAACCCAUUGGACGGACAAGGUGGCGCCAACAUUUCCCACUGCUACCUGGGACGUGUAUACCUCCCCAACCACAGACAACAAAUCUGCUGGGCUCCUGAUUCUUCUCAAUAAGAAUGCCACCCGCAACUGCAGAAUUGUUUACGCCGACCCUCAACCGGGCAGGGUGCAACACUUGAGGAUACUACACGACAAAUGGGCAGUUGACCUGCUGCACAUCUAUCAAAAGCCGCACAACUCUCAUCCACUCGCACUGCAAUCCUCGAAAACCAUACGUUUAGCUGUCUGGGAGUGCAUUGGCAAGAUCCUGGCAGCUCUGCCUGCCCGAAACACAGUGAUCAUGCUUGGAGAUUUUAAUACUCAGAUCAAGCCGUGUGCUGCAGCCGGCACCAGGAUCUGUUCAGGCACCAGCACGAGCACACAUCCGCCAGAUCAGGCAAGGUUGCAGCACCUGGUAGAGGACUUUUCCCUCUUACACCUCAACUCGUGGUGCAAGGCGGCUGGCCCUACAUACCAUCACAACAAAGGUGCUAGCCUUAUCGAUCAUAUCAUCAUGCGUACCAGCCAAGCGGAUGAUCGUGCUAGGCAGGCGAGACCGCUCCGCCUGGGAUUGGCUGCCUGGAGACUUGGUGGGUAUCACCUGCCACUGAAGGCCAGCAUCCCGCUUCAGCGUUUCCACACCCUCAACAAAUCGGUGGCACCACAACGGGCGUGGGACCAUUGGGGCCUGAUUCAGGUUUGCCGCUCCACCUGGGACCCGAGAGUUCAAAGUCUACGCUCUGCUGUCCAGGCAUCCCUACCAGGGGUUCAUGAUCUUGGGCAAUUGCAUGACACCCUGAUCCACUGUGCCUCCCAAUUCUUCCCGCCACCCGCAGGACAGCAUCGACUGGCCCUAUGGCAAACACCGCCUAUGCAGGAUGGUAUUCGCUCCAUGUGGCAGGCCUACCGAGUCUGGAAGACAGCCAAAGCUCAAGCUCAGCAUAAUCCGCUCUAUGUUUCCAGGUGCUACCAUCACUUCAAGACGGCACACAAGGCCUUUCGUCGUGCCGGGAAAGAAGCCAAAAAGCACUGGUUCCAUGGCAGGCUACAGGAACUCCAGACUGCUGCCAGCUCAGGCGACUCUCGCAAGCUAUAUGCUGGCAUCCGUACCUUAGCUCCCAAAUCCUCCAAGCCGAAGGUUCAACUGCGAGACUCUGGCGGACAUCUGCAGGAUCCCAAGACCCAGCUAAAACAGUUGGAAACGCACUAUCGCAAACUGUAUGCUGCGGACGAGGAUGGCAGCAUACAGGGCCCCCAGCGACAGCCCAUUCACAUUGAAGUCACGGAGGCCGAAAUGACCCUGGCGCUUUCGCAAUUGUCACCGCAUAAAGCUACACCUCCGAACUUAGCCACAAACUCUCUAUGGAGGCUAACCUCGGACCUCGUUGCGCCUCUCUUGUGUCAAUGGUGCCGGCAAUGGCCUCAAAUACCAGAGCUUUGGAGAAGCGCAUGGUUGACUCUUGUUCCCAAGAUUCCGCGACCACUUUCACCAAAGAAUCUCAGACCUAUAGGGCUAACUGAAUCCAGUGGCCGUGCAUAUGCUUCCAUACUGCAGGCGAAAUUGCGCCCCUACGCCGAGAGAUUCCUUGCAGACCAGGCACAAUUUGCAUAUCUGCCAGGUCGCAAUGCUGCCCAAGCCAUACAUCGGGUCGCUGCACACUGCAAAUAUGUUCAGGAUCGCUGCUCGAUUUCAACACCUACGGUUGUUGAUCGUCACGCACAACAGCCGAAACCCUGCCCACACUUUGCAGGUGCACAACUGUCGCUGGACCUUUCCAGUGCUUUUGACCUCAUGGACUGGCGCCUGCUGGACAAGGCUCUACUAGCGUCCGAAGUUCCGGCUGAGCUCAGACACCAAAUCAUGUCCUGGCACUCUGAAAUCUCCUAUGUCCUUACUCACCUUGGGCACACUGCCAAGGUGGAGGCCCAAAGAGGACUUAGACAAGGGUGUAAACUGGCUCCGUUGCUCUGGACACUCGCUCUAGCACAGAUAUAUCGUGAGAUUCUUGCUGAGGGGGACCCGCUUCUCACAGCCCCUUGGCUAGAGCAAUGCUCCACGAUUUAUGCUGAUGAUAUACACCUCAAGGAUACUGUGCAGAACACUCGUGAGCUGGACGACAUGGUGUAUCGCUUUAGUAAGAUCCUCGAUGCCCUUGCGGCCCAUGGUAUGGUCAUCAACUCGGCCAAAUCAGCAUUGCUACUGAGACACAAGGGCAGUUUCAUCCGAGGCUGGCUGCGCCGACACCUCAUACCCAAACCCGAGGGGGAUCUCCUACGUUUUCGCAGUCCGCGGGGAACAGUGUAUGAAAUUCCAUUGCGUGACCAUCACACGUACUUAGGCAUACGUAUCUCCUACCAUUCACAGGCCAAACAAGCAGUCACCUAUCGGCUGCAGGCUGCGAAUCAGGCCUGGCAAAGACUCCGUGGUGUACUGUGCUCCACCAGGCAUCUUGCUCAGACGCAUCGUCUCAGUCUAUGGAAAUCCACAGUGCUUCCCACGCUGCUCUAUGGUAUCGCAGCAUCUAACCCAGGUGCCAAGGACAUACAGCGAAUGCAGCACAUGAUGACCAAGCAGGUUCGAGCCAUCACACGGUCCUUUGCACAUCUUCAGAAAGAAUCCACACAGGACCUUCUACACAGAUGCUCUUUGUCCACCAUUUUGGAGCACCUGCAGAGGGAAGCCGCUGCCUUGCAUCGUAGCCUGACUCGCCUGAGCACUGAGACGAGCUUCGUGACCCAAGCCCAGGUGGAAUCAGCUCGAGACACUGCCGCUACACUUCACCUCCAAGUGCAACGCCAAUGGCAGGUCCCUCUUGGGGACAAGGAAGGCAUCACAGAUCCUGCUGUACAUCAGUGCCAGGAAUGUCAUCGGGUCUUUACCUCCUUUCGGCUCCUCCGCUCUCACGAGGCUAAGUGGCACGGCCUCAAAACACCUGCUGCUGUCUCGGAUCUGCCUCCGGAGACUCACAUCCUGUCAAACGAUCAGGAUAGCUCCACUUCGCCGAGCCACGAGGUGGACUGA